AAUGUAGUUAUGACAUCAGAGGAGAUGAUGCUAGCUUCUAUAAAAACUCAUCAUUUGGGAAAGUGCCUCACAAUUUGUGUGCUACACUGGAGAUUUCCUGCUGCCUUCAACUGCUAUAAUUACUAAAAAUGUUGAAACUAGGACCAGCAAGAAAGAUUGGAUUGGGCUUGGCUGGCUUCACUAUUAUACCAUGGCUUCUCAUUGUGAUUGGAUUCGGAUGGCUCACUGUUGGCACCGGUACAGCACCAGUGGGGGCUGGUUUGUUCCCCUAUUGGUUCAUUUCUCUGCUGGGUAUUCCAAUCAUCGUGCUGGGAGCUGUUCAUGCUGUUAUCAGUGCACGAUCUGCAUUUAAGAUCAUCAGGACAAUUACGACAGUUUUCAGUAUUUUGUUCCUUCUCUGUCUGGGGAUGAUCUUCUUCAAUGCGGGAAGCCUCAUUAUUGUAUACUUAGCCAGAGGCCUCCUGGUCCAUCCUGUCAACUUGUUGUUUGCGGGAACACUAAUUGGAACUGUGUCCUGGACUGGUCAGAUGGUGGCAUGGACCUUCUAUGAAGUGCCCGAAGAAGCUAUCAUCAACAACCAACAGUACUAGAUAAUAACAGUGACUUGUAUAUAAAUAGAACAUGCAUGCGUGUAUACUUUACUAUACAUAAGACUAGUGCAUGUUAGUAGGUUACUCCAUCAUGCAUUUUUAGUGAGAACCAUUAAUUUUUUCGUAUACUACUAUAAUUAUACUGUCACAAUGAACAUUAAUUUGUUUUCUUUGGUAAA